GAAUGUAGAAGUGUUUCCCUCUCGCUUGUUGGCAACGAUUACAAAUAAUUUUAAAAUCGGGUUAUUAAAAGUGUACAUAUGUGUUGUAGUUGAAGAAGUACGAACGGUAGUAGGUAAUAUACCUACACACAGUGCGUUAACGUUGAUGUGUUUUUUUCGCUGAAAAACUCCCAAUCGAGUAUACCGGCGCGGUUAUGGCGAUAAUGAGUAAUGUGUGCAGCUAGAUCUACUCGUUUGCGUGUUUGUUUUCGGCUGUUUUGAAAAAUAUAUCGAAUUCGAAACCGGUUGAACGCGUGUAUCGAGCUAAAAUAUUCCUGUUGUGUGGUGUUUUUUUGUAAUCACAUGGUCGACUAACGCGUUGAAAAUUUCGCAGUCGUACUCGUAGUCGUAAUACGUGUGCGAGAGUGCGAGAGACUCCGGCUGGCUGUUGUUGUUGUGGCGCUGUAGCUCUGGCUUUAGCUUGGCUAUAGGGCUGUCUCAGUAUCGCACUGUAAACGUCACAGAGACUCGACGUGUGUGUAUGGUGUCGCUUCGUUAUUCCGAUACGUGUGUGUAUAUAUGGUGUCGAACCAGCGAUGGAAAAUUAUCGCGAAAUCGAGCUCGAACAGUGGCCGUAUCAGUGUGUGAAUUAGUAUCGGUGCAAUAAACACGUGUCAGCGCGAAGACGAGCUUUUUCGCGCCUAAAUCAAAGGCCACCGCCACCCCCGAGCUGACUCAUCGUUUUCUCCAUCAUCAUGGGUAACAUACGCAGCCGUCUGACGUCGUGUUGCUCGGGCCCCUGCGAAGACCUGAUCGUCGAAUUGAAGCAAGGUAAAUUACGAGGCAGAGAAUUCCAAUCGGUGCUGACGAAAACGGACUAUUACGCUUUUUUAGGAAUACCGUACGCUAAACCGCCUCUGGGCGAGUUACGAUUUCAAGCUCCAGAACCGGCCACAUCUUGGGAUGGAGUCUACGAUGCGACCACCGAAAGAGGCAUUUGCCAACAGGUGGACUUUUUGUUCAAAAAAAUCGUCAUCGGGUCCGAAGACUGUCUAUAUUUGAACGUUUUUACGCCUUCACCUCCUUGCAAAACGGAUGAGCCAAAACCUGUUAUGGUGUUUAUUCACGGUGGCGGAUUUUGCCUUGGAUCCGGAUCGAGGAAAGCAUACUCGGCGGAUUAUUUAACUCCACGAGAUGUUAUAUUAGUGACCAUUAACUAUCGACUACAAGUAUUAGGUUUCCUAAACUUAGGAUUACCCGAAUGUCCAGGCAACGUUGGACUCAAAGAUCAAGUAUUAGCUUUAAAAUGGGUCAAAGAUAAUAUAGCCCAGUUUGGCGGAGAUCCAGAAAAUAUCACGAUUUUUGGCGAAAGCGCCGGAGGAUCUGCAGUACAUUACCAUUUACUGUCUCCCAUGUCCAAAGGAUUAUUUAACAAAGCUAUUAUGCAAAGUGGAACAUCCAUAUGUUCGUGGUCCAUCACUUAUAACCCGUUAGAUCAAGCUUUCGAUGUUGGUAAACGAUGCGGAUUCCAAGGAACUGAUAAAAAAGAAUUACUGCAGUAUUUGAAAAAACUACCAGCCAAAAAAUUAACUGUAGCCGGUGUAGAUAUGAUUUUAGCAUACAGAGAUAAAUACCCAGCAAGAAUCGCGAAUAUAUCGCCAUCAGUCGAAGAAAUCAAAGAAGGCGCCUUCCUACCAGAUUUUCCGGAAAAUUUGUGCAAAAGCGCUACACCAGUUCCCACCAUAUUUGGAGUUAACGAUAAAGAGGGCAUGUUAUUGUUCGUAGAAAUGCAUAAAAAACUUAUGCAUAAAGUGCGUGAAGAUUUUACCCUCGUAGUGACUGAUAAUUUUAAGGUUGAUCCUGCCCUCGUACCUGAGCUCAGCACAAAAAUAAAACAAUUCUACUUCGGAGAUAAAGAAGUAGGAAUGGACACAGCGUACGAAUUAAUAGAUUUAUAUACAGACAUAUAUUUCUAUUGCACGUACGAAGCGUUGGAUUUCCUGAUAAAUUCAGACCAUCCUCCUUAUAUUUACGAAUUCGCGUAUUCUGGUAAACUAAAUUUCCUCAGCAGACUAGUGAAUUUCAACAAAAAAACCAAAUUAAAAGGGGCUGCCCACGCUGACGAAUUAUUCUACUUGUUCCAUCCACUUGUCAUGCCAUUCCAUCCGAAACUCGAAGGAGAUUGUUUUAAAGUAAUCGAGAAUAUGUCUCGAAUGUGGACAAAUUUCGCUAAACGAGGAAACCCAUCGCAUGUUAUUGAUUGGAAACCGUCAACUUCUAGCGAGCCUUGUUAUUUACAGAUUACCGAUGAUUUGAAAAUGAUCGAGGGUAAAUUGUUUGGAAAAAGGUUAGAGUUUUUGAAAAAUUUACUUGAUCCGGUCGCUAAACCUUAUAAUAUUUUUUAACAUUCUUUUCUCUCUCGCUUUUAUGUUUUUUUUUCUUCUUUUUUUUUAUACUUAAGACUUCAUGUACGUGAACGUAUGUUUGUGUAAUGUAAAAUAAAGUUUUCUUGUUUUUUUUUUUUC